AUGCAGGGCGGACUUCUGUCCACGCAGCCUUCGCUCUGUGCUAGCAGCAGCAGCCUCCAUGGCUCCUGGUGCUCCCCCCUCGAGGACGCCAUCUCCCACAUGGUCGUACGGGCCGAUGACCUCCUCUCCUUCAUCGACUUCGCCGAGCUUGACGUCGAUCUUGACGACCAACACUGCCUGGCAGCUUCGCCAGCGAUGCAGGACAUGGCAGUAGCGGCAGCUGCUCGGGAGCUACCGGAGGUCGACGACGCACCAGCCUCCCCAGCCAUCGCGGCUGCUCAGCCAGGCGCGGUGGUCCGACCGCAAGAGCUUGCGCUGGCCGAGGACAAGACAAGGAGGAACUACACCAAACAAGCUUGCUUGGCGUGCAAGCGGAAGAAGCAGAAGUGCGAGGAAGGGAGGCCGUGCCAUCGCUGCAUCAACGGGCUGAGGACAUGUACGGACGUGGCACCGCGUCAGCGGAGGAGGCGGAGGGCGUGGGCUCGAGGAGUAACGCAAGGCUAG